UUUUCACCAUCCCAUUAGUUGUUGAUCAAUCGGUUCAAUACAGAUUACAGCAAGAUAAGAGUAGAGAAAGAAGAGGAGAUGGAACGUGCAGGCUUCCAUGGCUACCGCAAGCUACCAAGCACAAGCUCUGGGCCGAAGCUAUCUGAAAUGAACAUGAGGCUGGAAGAGAUGAAUCAUGGAAAUAGCAACAACACUACUACUAAUCACUCCACGGCAGAUGACAAUGAAUGCACAGUGAGGGAGCAAGACAGAUUCAUGCCAAUCGCAAAUGUUAUCAGGAUCAUGCGCAAGAUACUUCCUUCACAUGCCAAAAUCUCCGAUGAUGCCAAGGAAACCAUCCAAGAGUGUGUUUCCGAGUACAUCAGCUUCAUCACUAGCGAAGCCAAUGAACGCUGCCAACGCGAGCAGCGCAAGACCAUUACUGCUGAAGAUGUUCUUUAUGCUAUGAGCAAGCUAGGCUUUGAUGAUUACAUUGAACCCUUGACUGUGUAUCUCCAUCGUUACCGUGAACUCGAGGGUGACCGUGCCUCGAUAAGAGGCGAGCCAUUGGUGAAGAGGAGUGUUGAAUAUGGUAACUUGGGGGUUCCAGCUGGUGCCUUUGCACCAGCAUUUCACAUGGGUCACCAUGGAUUCUUUGGCACGGCUGCCAUGGGAGGAUAUAUGAGGGAUCCUUCCAAUGCUAGUUCCUCCCAAAAUGCACUGGCUAAUGGUGAAGCAUUUCCCCAGAAUAAAUGAGUUCAGACAAAAUUGUGCACUAACCUAGUUAAUUAGGGAAGAAUCUGGGAGGUGGUUAGUGUUUGGUACUUGUGUAACAGAAGGACCUAUUUACUUUUUCUGUUUUGGUUUUAUCUGAUCAGUUGUUCUUUGCUUUA